AUGAAGACCAGCAUUUUCCUACUUGCGUCACUCUGUGCCAACAGUGCACUCGUUUCUGCCCUGCCGGCCGAUACAGCUCUUCUUGUUCUUCACGAUGGGACCACAAAGACUAUCGAUAAGAAAGACCUAGGUGCCAAUCUACCUGGAGUCUCUCUGUCCCCGCCUACCAAUUCCGUCCCGAAGUACUUGCAGACUGGAUCUAACGAUUCCACCCCCUCAAACCGUCUGAGCAAGCGCUCCGGUGCCCAAUUCGUCAUUCCUCUUCCCGAUCAGAAAUUCCUCGGCUGGGACAUCCCAAUGUCUACCAUCGUGCAUGCCAACGAAGCCGAUGCCACCGCUUCCAUGGCCCAAGGCCAGUCCAUCGCAAACAGCAUCUCGGUCAGCACCUCGUUUACAGCCACCGUGGAAAAGUUCCUGCAAAUCGGUACCACCAUCAACUACCAGUUCACUGAAACGGCUACUCUCACCGGCACGGUUUCCAUGACAAUCCCGAAGAACAAAUGGGGUGCCAUUAUCAGCAAUCCCUUGACCUAUCGCAAAAGCGGAUAUGUAUUCAGUGGACGGCCCGGAAGUGGACAGUACGAACACUUCCAGGCGGAUUCUUUUACCCAGGAUACUUAUCGCUAUGGAGAGAACUCCUUGUCCUGGGUGAAGGGUGUUGUUACAACUUGCUUGGGUGACUCUUACCCUCUGAAGCGCUGCCUCGGAGAUGGUGUAUUGGAGUAA